GUAGGCCCUUCUUUUCCCCCAAAAAGUACCGCAACCCCAUUUCCUUCCUUCUUCGCUAAGCAAAAUCACUCGUCUCGCUCUGCUCUGCAAACAAUUUCCCUAGCCAUGCAAGAAACAGAGCUCCACGAUUUAUCUGACGACGCAGAUUACGCUGCUUCUAUACAGCAAGGAUCGGCGAGUGUCAUGAUGAGGAGCAAUAGCAGUAAGCGAAGCUCGUCCAGCGAACCAGAAGGCGCCGAAGUUGUGUAUUUGAAGGAUAACGUGGCGAUUCAUCCAACUCAGUUCGCAUCUGAGAGAAUUAGUGGAAGAUUGAAACUUAUAAAGCAAGGUUCCUCUCUCUUUAUGACAUGGAUUCCAUACAAAGGACAAACCUCGAACGCGAGAUUGUCUGAGAAAGAUAGGAAUCUUUACACCAUAAGGGCUGUGCCUUUUACAGACGUCCGUUCCAUUCGUCGACACACUCCAACUCUUGGGUGGCAGUACAUAAUUGUCGUUUUGUCAUCAGGACUUGCAUUUCCUCCUCUUUACUUCUACAAUGGAGGAGUCAAAGAGUUCCUUGCUACAAUAAAGCAACAUGUUUUUAUUGUCAGGUCAUUGGAAGAUGCAAAUGUAUUUCUGGUCAAUGAUUUCCAAAAUCCUCUGCAGAGAACUUUGUCAUCUUUGGAGCUUCCCAGGGCCAUUCCUAUGGCAAGUGGGGCAUCUGCAUUUGCUUCAGUUGGUGGAUCUCCACCUUAUGAAAACCAGGAGAGCGCUGAUUGGGAUGCCAACAAUGAAAGUUCUAGCAUUUCUCAAAAUGUCAGGAGGCAGAGGCAAAAGAGCAAUGAUCCUGCUCGAGAUCUCUCAAUCCAAGUAUUGGAAAAAUUCUCUCUUGUAACCAGAUUUGCUCGAGAAACAACUUCACAACUGUUCCGUGAAAAUCAAAACAAUGGAUUUGGUGCAGUUGAAAGGAAAAACUAUAGCCAUUCUUCCCUCGAUAUCCCUCAAAGGGUACCGAAGGACCCAGAGGAAGUGCCUAAUCAAAGUCCUGUACCCUCAGAUCCUCUAGAGUUUGACAAGCUGACACUUGUAUGGGGAAAACCACGACAACCACCCUUGGGUUCUAAAGAGUGGGCUUCUUUCUUGGAUUCUGAAGGACGAGUUAUGGAUUCUAAAGCUUUAAGAAAGAGAAUAUUCUAUGGAGGAGUUGAGCACGCGUUAAGGAGAGAGGUCUGGGCGCUUCUGUUGGGAUAUCAUACAUAUGAUUCAACAUAUGCAGAAAGGGAAUGCCUUCGGUACAAUAAAAAGUUGGAGUAUGAAACCAUAAAAAGACAAUGGCAGAGUAUCUCUCCUGAACAGGCAAAGAGAUUUACAAAAUUUAGGGAAAGGAAGGGCCUUAUAGACAAAGAUGUGGUGAGGACUGAUAGAUCACUUUCUUUCUAUGAUGGAGAUGACAAUCCAAAUGUGAAUGUUUUAGGUGAUAUACUAUUGACAUACUCAUUCUAUAACUUUGAUCUUGGCUACUGUCAGGGUAUGAGUGAUUUACUGUCUCCAAUUUUCUUUGUGAUGGAGGAUGAAUCAGAAUCAUUUUGGUGUUUUGUGGCACUGAUGGAACGUCUUGGACCCAACUUCAAUCGUGAUCAAAGUGGCAUGCACUCUCAACUUUUUGCGUUAUCUAAGCUGGUAGAGUUACUAGACAGUCCAUUGCAUAACUAUUUCAAGCAGAAUGAUUGCUUGAAUUACUUCUUUUGUUUCCGCUGGAUUCUAAUACAAUUUAAAAGAGAAUUUGAAUAUGAGAAAACUAUGCGUCUGUGGGAGGUAUUGUGGACACACUAUUUGUCUGAACACCUGCAUCUGUAUGCAUGUGUUGCAAUCUUGAAGCGAUAUCGCAACAAGAUAAUGGGAGAGCAGAUGGACUUUGACACGCUCUUGAAGUUCAUCAAUGAGCUGAGUGGCCAUAUUGACCUUGAUGCAAUCCUCAGGGAUGCAGAGGCUUUGUGCAUAUGUGCUGGUGAGAAUGGUGCUGCUUCUAUCCCACCUGGAACUCCACCUUCAUUGCCUCUUGGGAACGAGAAUGGUUUAUUAUAUCCUCAACAGGAUGAAGUAUUGUAAUGCAAUGCCAUCUAUUGACAUGAUUUAUCAUGCUUAUUUUCUGAAUUUUCCGUAAGUACAUUCAAGCUUUGUAUGAUUGUUGAUCAUUGAAUACAAAUGUUGGUAAUCAUACUUCAUUAAA